AUAAGCGGUGAGAAGCGGGGAGGAGCGUCAGUUCUGCUCAACUAUUCUCAGCAAGAUGUCGGUCCUUUUCCAGGUGUCUUCAUUUGUGGUUCUGCUCUGCUGCUUUGCUCCAUCCUCUGGACAACCUCCAGUAACCAGGGACCCUUGUGCUAACUUCGAGUGUUUGAACGGAGGUUCCUGCACUGCACCUGCCGACCUCCCAUCUUGUAGGUGUACAGGAGGGUAUUUCGGGGACAAAUGUCAAUUCGGACCAGUAAUCAGGGACCCUUGUGCUGGCUUCGAGUGUUUGAACGGAGGUUCCUGCACUGCACCUGCCGACUUCCCAUCCUGCCUAUGUCCACAAGGGUAUUACGGAGACAAAUGUCAAUUCAGACAAGUAACCAGGGACCCUUGUGCUAACUUUGAGUGUUUGAACGGAGGUUCCUGCACUGCACCUGCCGACCUCCCAUCCUGCAGUUGUCCAGGAGGAUAUUUCGGGGACAAAUGUCAAUUCGGACCAGUAAUCAGGGACCCUUGUGCUGGCUUCGAGUGUUUGAACGGAGGUUCCUGCACUGCACCUGCCGACUUCCCAUACUGUAUGUGUCCAGAAGGAUAUUCCGGAGACAAAUGUCAAUUCGGACCAGUAAUCAGGGACCCUUGUGCUAACUUCGAGUGUUUGAACGGAGGUUCCUGCACUGCACCUGCCGAUCUCCCAUUCUGCAGUUGUCCAAAAGGGUAUUUCGGAGCCAAAUGUCAAUUCUCAUCAAAUCCCUGCGCUAACUUCAACUGUUUGAAUGGAGGUUACUGCUUUUCAUUUUUCAACCGCCCAUUCUGUUUGUGUCGCUUUGGAUAUGUGGGGAAAAAAUGUCAAACAAGAAUCUAUUAACGAUUCCUAAGACAGUGUGCUGUGCCUUUUGCGAGUGAUAUCAAUGUGGUUGAUCCCAACAAACAGAAUAUAUGUAAUAUCAAUAAGUGAAUUCCCACUCCGCCUUUUCCAGAUUUCUUAUUAUGUAUUUCAAAAAUCCUCAGCUUCCUUCUAUUAUCCGUAAAGAGAAACCUAUACAUGUACUGAUUUCGUCAAGAAGAAUGGGCUGAAAAUAGCACGAUGUCAAGUUGGGGUUUUUCCAAACCCAUACGUGUUUAACGAUAACAUGAUGCAAAUCCAGUUGACAGGAAACGUAUUUCUAUUACAAUAUUGUGAUUUUAGAGACAAUAAACUUUAUUAGUGCCAUCAAG